AUGCUCACCUGCUCCCCUGCUCCUUCGACCCUCAUCAGACAACAAAACUGGCAACAUGCUAUCUAUACAGUCGACGACCCCAACGCGCCCCUCCGCGUGACCAAGAACAAAGGCAAAGAAAGCAGCGUAUACCUACAAUACAUAAUCGACCACUACGACCGGCUGCCCUCGACAAUCGUCUUCCUCCACAGCCACCGCGACGGCUACCCCGACGCCUGGCACACCGAGUUCGACGAGCACAGCAACCCGCUGACUGUGCAGAUGCUGCAGACGGACUUUGUUCAGCGCAACGGCUACGCCAAUCUGCGCUGCAAUCCCACUCCGGGAUGCCCGGACGAGAUACGCCCGUUCCGAGCGACGGCCAACGAGGACCAUCUGACCGAGCUGCUGUUCCCGAUGGUGUGGCAGACGUUCUUCAAUAACACCCGCGUGCCGGAGGUGGUUGCGACGCCGUGUUGUGCGCAGUUUGCCGUGUCGAGAAGCCAGGUGCGGCAGCGGCCGCUCAGUAGUUAUCAGCGGUAUCAUCGCUGGCUGAUGGAGACGGAUCUUCCGGACGAUGUGAGUGGGCGUAUCAUGGAAUAUAUGUGGCAUAUUAUCUUUGGACAGGAUCCGGUGUAUUGCCCAGAUAUGGAGCAGUGCCUGGGGGAUGUAUAUGAUUUGGCAUUUUCAUUUUGA